UGUUUGGUGCCUGCCUUCUACAGGCCUCUGGUUAUUAAGCUUUACGUUCGGUCUCUGUAUUUUUCCCCUUGCAAAAGAAAUCGGCAAAAAUGGCCGGAGUUUCUUUGAUCACUCAAUUUCCAUCCAAUUCGGUGUUGGUGAAGUCUUACCCAAAACUUAGCUCGAGAUUCUCCAGCUAUCUAGUUAAUUCUACGAGCUUUCCCGUUAAAAACUCGGCAAAAUCGAAGCUUCUAUUCGCCGGAGGAGUCCGAAAGAAGUUCAAUUUCACUUUGCGUGCUGCGGCCGGAGAGAACUGGGAACCGGAGUCUAAUGUUUCUUCGUUUUUUGAAGAGGAGGAGAAGCCGGUGCCAGACAAGGAGCCGACGGAGAUUGAUCUGUUGAAGAAGCAGUUGGUUGGUUCGUUUUACGGCACGAGCCGUGGAUUGACUGCCACAAGUGAAACGAGGGCGGAGGUAGUGGAGUUGAUCACACAGCUCGAGGCGAAGAAUCCGACUCCGGCGCCGACGGAGGCUCUUCCUCUUCUCAACGGCAAAUGGAUAUUAGCCUAUACAUCUUUCAUAGGUUUGUAUCCUUUCUUGUCAAGGGGAACGUUACCAUUGGUGAAGGUUGAAGAAAUAUCACAAACCAUUGACUCAGAAAAUUUCACUGUCCAGAAUUCCGUACUUUUUUCAGGACUGGGGUCCACAACUGCAAUCACUACAAAUGCAAAGUUUGAAGUCAGAAGUCCUAAGCGUGUGCAGAUAAAGUUCGACGAAGGUAUCAUCGGGACACCACAGUUGACCGAUUCCAUCGAGUUACCCGAAAACGUUGAGUUUUUAGGACAAAAACUCGAUCUGUCACCCUUUAAAGGGUUAUUGACAUCUGUUCAAGACACAGCUUCAAAUGUAGCAAAAACCAUUUCGAGUCAACCACCAUUGAAAUUUUCAAUCUCCCAAACGAAUGCAGAAUCGUGGUUGUUAACAACUUAUCUUGAUGAAGAACUUAGGGUCUCAAGGGGAGAUGGUGGGAGUGUGUUUGUUCUUAUUAAAGAAGGGUCUCCACUUCUUUUGGAUUAAAAUUGUGGGAAGUAUUUUUAUUAUUUUUGGUAUGUAUUUAUGUGCUGUAGUUGUUAUAUGUAUGUUACUGUGAACUCUCUGAUUUGAACUGGUGGUUGGAUCCUUGACGGAGAAAUAUAUUGAAAUAUGUGUUUUAUUUGUUA